UGCUGUCUGCCUUGCUAUAUAAGCCUCAGAGCCUCACCGGCUGAGUACAAGCACUACCAAGUGGACUUACAGAUACACUAACAAACUCCGUGUCUAAGAGCCAUGAAGGUCCUUGCUGUGCUCGUCCUAGCUGUUUUCACUGGCUGCAAUGCCAACCUUUUUUAUGCUGAUGCACCCAAGCCACAGCUGGAAGUGGUGACUGAUGCCUUCUGGGAUUAUGUUGGCAAAGCCACCCAGACAGCUGAAGAAACCAUAAAGAUGAUCAGAACGUCUCAGUUUGGACAGGAUGUCAGUGCCCGUCUGACAGAAAGUGUUGACAUGGCUAACAAAUAUGCAGUCACCCUUCAAGAGCAGCUUCCACCUACAGCCCAGGACCUGAUCACCAAAGUCACCACAGAGGCUGAUGUGUUGAGAGAUCGUGUGAUCCAAGAGCUGGGCACAGUCAGGGAGAGGCUUGAGCCCUACACUGAGAACAUUCAGACCCAGGUCCAGCAGAGAGUGGAGCAGCUCAAACAGGAGGUGGCCACCUAUGCAGACUCCCUGGACACUGAGGCCCUGAGGACCACCCUGAUGCAGAAGAGCGAGGAGCUAAAAACCAGCCUGGAGGAGAGUGUAAAGAAUCUGCAGUCUCAGCUGGGUCCCUACACUGAUGACCUGAAGCAGAAGGUGGACCAGCAUCUGCAGGACUUCAAGGAGAAAGUGACCCCCUUGACUGAGCGGGUGCAGAGUCACAUUGCACAGAGAGCCCAGCAGGUGAAAGACAUGGCCACCCCCUACGUUGAUGAGCUGAGGGAAAGGCUGGACCCCUACGCUCAGGACCUCCAGGCUCGUCUCAUUUCCCUUUAUCAGUCUUUUGUUAAAGCAAACUAAGUCAACAUCUACCUCACAUGUAACAAAAAAUGAUGUGCUUGUGAAGAAUUUCUCUAAUGAGAAAAAAACAAAACAAAACAAGAAAAUAACAAAACUGCAGAUGUUGUUUGAUAUAUUUACAUUGUUAAAAAAAAA